AUGCCGAGAACAACUCCUGGUGCUCAAAAAUCUCUUCAGAAUUGUUGGCAAAGAAAGGAAGUAGUUGAAUGGUGUGAUCUUGCUUUAGCGAAGUGGAUGAUUGAUGCAUGUGUGUCAUUUAAUGCUGUUAACUCUGUGUAUUAUCAGCAUGCCAUAGAUGUUGUAACAGCCAUGGGUCCUGGUUAUAAAGGACCAAACUUGCAUGCUAUUCGUGGUUAUUACUUGGUAAAAGCGGUUGAUGAAGUCAAGAUUUAUGUUGAGACUUAUCGAGAGAUUUGGAAGAAGACUGAAAACAUUGUGCAUAUGGUGAUUGAUAAUGCUACAAAUUAUGUUGUUGCUGGCAAGUUAUUGAUGGAAGAAUUUCCUUCAAUAUUUUGGUCUCCUUGUGCUGCUCAUUGCAUCAACCUCAUACUCCAGGACAUUGGAAGUUCACUGGAGGAAAAAGAAAUACUUCGUCUAGCUCCUACUCAUUUUGCUACCAAUUUCAUUGCAUUGCAAAGCAUUUUAGCUCAUAAAGAUGAGUUGAGAGCUAUGGUGACAUCUAGGAAAUGGGUCUCAUCUGCUUAUGCUAAAUAUAGCAAAGGAAAAAAGUUUGUUGAGAGUGUGCUAGACUCUCUGUUUUGGGAAGAAUGUGCAAUAAUUGUGCGAAUGAGUGAGCCUUUAAUUCGAGUUCUACGAAUGGUUGAUGGUGAUGAUAGACUUUCGAUGGGAUAUUUGUAUGAUGUUAUUCAUCAUGCAAAAGAAGAAAUGAUGAGGAGAUUUCAAAAGAGAAAGGCUAAAGUGAAACCUUUCAUAGACAUUAUCAAUAAUCGCACCAUUUCUGGACUUCUAGAUGUUCUUGAGAAGUAUGCACAUGGAAAUCUACCAUUGCAAAGUAAGAUUACAAGUGAGAUGAAGUUGUUUAGGAAUGCUGAACAUGACUUUGGUCGAACGUCCGCAAUAAAUAAUCGCACCCUUAUGCCUCCAGAUGAUUGUGUUGAUGAAGUUUCAAAAGACCAUGCUGAUGAUUUAUUAGGUGUUGAUGAGAUUGGCUCAUUUCCAUCGACAUUUGAUCUAAAUUUUUCUUCCAUGGACACAGAAGAACUUAAUGUGUUCAUUCAACAAAAGUGA